AUGCGUUUAAUUUAUUUAUUCGCGGUAAUUGGCUGGGGCCAAUGCGUUUUAGGCCAUGCCUGGAAGCCCAUAGUGGGACAUCUGCCACCGGCCACCUCUACCAUAAGUGGUUCCAAGGCAACCUCGGCCACAUUUACAAGUUCGUUUAGUUUACAGCAGUCGCAUCCUGAAUACGGCAGUAAAACGUCAGGUUAUUCCACGGCCGAGGCAGCUGUAGUGGGUACACCAAUUGGUGCCCCCAAGGAGCUAAUAAUUAAAGAAAUACCCGCCGUAACUGUGGCUGAACCAGUGGCAGAGGUUCUUCCACUCAAAUCCACCGUCAAGACCUAUGCCACCACAGUGCCAGCUGCCAUUAACUUUGGUGAUGCCAGAUUUGGUUACAAGGGAGCCGUGGCAUAUAGUGAGGACCAAUGCUCGGUGAAAAAAUAUGCCUUCAAUCACGACGGCAUUGUGGAAUAUGACAACGAGGUACCGGAGCUGUCGCAAUUUACCAUUUGUUUCUGGAUGCGUUUUACCAAUCACAGUGGCGAUCAUGUCAUUUUAACAUAUUCGGCCGAAGACGGCCAUCGUGAUUUUCAAUUCUGGGUAGCCAAUGCCAAAAAUUCCAGCUUUAUAUCGAUGGCCAUAAAAGAUCAGCAGGUAUACAGACUCAACUAUCCAUUGCGGGUCCGUCAGUGGCAUCACACUUGCACAUCAUGGAAUGGCAAAACUGGUGAAUGGCAGGUCUGGCUAAAAGCCGAACGUAUUGGGCGAGGUUUUCACAAUUCCCUUGUUGGUCACAAAAUUCCACCCAAAGGCAAACUAUAUUCUGGUGGUCCCUCAGUGACAGGUAAAAUCUCCGAAGGCUUACAUUUCGAGGUAACGCUGAUACAAAUCUAUCGUGUGGCUUUGAGUGCUGGUAAGGCCCAUAGGGAUCAUAAACAUCAUCAUGCCCAUCAUUUCGAUCAUGAGGGCAAGGAAAUACAUCCGACGACAAAGGCACCACCAGUGAUCAAUCGCCCUCAGCCCAUGCAUACCUUAUUGGCCAAUGGUCAGAUACCGACAAGGGUGCGUAUAAAUCUGGCUCAACCCCAGGCGGCAGUGGCUGGUAAUGAUAUUCUACCGAAUCCUACAACGGCUGCCGAACAGGCCUUGACAAUUCACACGAAUUUCAUAAAUGGACAAAUAAAUGCCGGAUCGCGAUUGGUGGCUCAGCAGCUGAUUGGCCUGAAUCAGAAAUAUGGACCACACGCCGCACAAACAGUAAAUCGUCAGGCCAUUAUUGAUCCCAAUAAUCCAGGCAAGGUGAAAUUUGUGGAUGAAACAGAAACCCACAUUCUCUUCAAAAGGGAUAUGACCGGCCAAAAAUCCGCCGGCAAGGAUAAAAAUCUACAAAAACGUGGCCUAGUAUUUUUGGAUGAUGGUAGUAUUGUAGAUGAUCCCUUGAUACGCGGCCCUGGUGCUUUGAAAUAUGACGGUCUUGCGGAAUUUGGUGGCCAACAGUUUAAGGAGGAUUUAAGUGGAAUUAUGAAUGUGGAAGAUGAAAUUUCCGAACAUGAUCGUGAACCAGCCGAGGAAGAGGUGAAGGCCGUUAUGGCUUUGUGUGGUGCCUGUGAUAUGGAACCAUUCCAGGGUGCCAUUGUUUUCGCAUGGAAAAAUGCCCGAGAACAUUUGAAUAAUGCCCUGCAGGGUUACAGUGUGGGACGAUGUGGCAAUUUUUAG